GUGCUCUCCGACACGCAUGUUGUCUCUCAUACUCUUUUGACGUUUCUCACUUUCUCAUCCUUUCCCCGUCCACCUUGCUCAGUCUUGUAUGAUACUUGUUGGACACGUGUACUCGCUUAACGGGGCCAAGUCUUCGAUACCUCCAACCACUCUCGUCCGUGGAGCAGUCCGCCAGCAUCUCGACGUUCUGGCUGGCGUCGCUGUCUUCACGACAUGGAAUCCCGCGCGUCCAGCGCCAUGAAUGAUGCAGGUUCACGCUCACCUACUGGGCCACCUGGAAUCAGCACUAUCAAGGCUGAAAGGACAGCAGAUGGCACUCCACAUGAAAUUAUGAGUGCUUCCCAGACUCCAGCUCCUAACACCGCGGAUCAACCUACUGAGUCCGGCUCACGACAAUCAUCAUCACGACCAGCGGAUCUCUCAUCAGCGCAGGACUUUCCAGAUGUUGCAAUGGGCGACGCGAUGCCCUAUGGGACACGCUCACGCAAUCGCGCAGGCAAUCCUCGACCAAAUUAUGCAGAGGAUCAAGACAUGGAUUUCGAAGUCCCCCCGCCACCAGCCAAGCCUGCAUCUGCCAAAAACGUCACGGCUAACCAACAAGAUGCAAUUGACCCCAGAACGACCAUCGUAGAGCCUUCGUUUGCUCGUGUUAAUGGUACAGACCACGACGAGAGAUCACCAUCUGCUUCUGGUAAGGAGACAAUUCCUGGAACCUCUGCCUUUUCUACUGUCCCGCCUAAGAAGCGCAAGGCAGCGGGUGUCGCCAAUACUGCUAUUGUCGCAUCUGGAUCUGGUAACACAACUACAAAUGCGGUCGCGCAACCUACUACGAAGCGACCGGCAUCUUCCAUGCCUCUGGCUAACAUGUCCCCUGAGUCCAACAUGAUGACUUUCGAGAAAUCAAAGGGAGUUCUGAGAAAAGGUGGACUUGUAUCGGAUGACGGACAGAUCCUUUACGUCAACGAUCAUGUGUAUCUCGUAUGUGAGCCACCUGGCGACCCAUAUUACCUUUGCAGAAUCAUGGAGUUUUUGCACUCCAAAUCCGACGACCCGAAAUCUCCCGUAGAUUCUAUUCGGGUAAACUGGUUCUAUCGUCCCCGCGACGUACAACGCCUUAGUAGCGACAGCCGCCUCGUGUAUGGUACUAUGCACUCUGACGUAUGUCCCCUCACCUCUUUGCGCGGAAAGUGCAAAAUCCUCCAUCGCUCAGAAAUCGGCAAUCUCGACGAGUAUCGAAAGGAGUCAAACUGCUUCUGGUUUAGUCAAAUUUUCGAUCGUUUCAUCCGCCGAUUCUAUGAGGUGAUCCCGACUUCACAAAUCAUCAAUGUUCCUGACAAAGUCAAGCGGGCUUUGGAUGAGAGAUGGAAGUUCAUUGCUGUCGAAGUUAAUAGAGUCAAGGAACUCACAGCUGCAGUGAAGCUCUGCAAGCGGUGCACACAAUACUGCGCUAGCAAUGACUCUGUGGAUUGCGCAAUUUGCGGUACCUGCUAUCAUAUGAAUUGCGUUCGACCUCCUUUACCGAAGAAGCCCACGCGUGGGUUUGCCUGGGCGUGUGGUCCCUGCGGUCGCGCUGCUGAGAAAAAGCUUGAGGCCCGCAACACCCCUCUUGGUGGUGUCGACGAAGAGGAAGAGAUCAUCGAAGAGGAGGAAGAAGAUCCGGCCCUAGCAGCAAGCACCCGAGCACCAAGCCCCAGUGGUCCUGAUGUCGCUACAGAUCAACAUCCCGGCACGCAAGCCGAGAUCGCCAUGGCUAAGAUGUGGCCAUUCCGGUACCUAGGGAUUCACUGCAGAGUCGAGGACGCGCUGCAAUAUGAUGAUCGUGCUAUCUAUCCGAGAGCUAGCUCUCGACUGGGGCCUCGCCAUCAAGCAAACGUCAAUGUUUGGCACGGUAGACCGGUGGACCUUAGAAAGCCCGCCGACAUUAAGAAGCGCUUUGUCAAAGGGGGUGGCCAGAAGAAGGACACGAAGUUGACAAAAGAAACACUUGCGGCCAUUGAAGCAGAUCGCAAAGAACGAGAAAAACGGCCGAAGUGGGUGCAAGAUGAACCACCAGGUUACGUUCACCGUGGAGAGGACUUCGACAACGACGAUCCGAACAACACGGCCAGACUCAUUUUCAAAAUGCCAAACGAUGACGAUGAGCACGCUCCAGCAUCGAGUGAGCUCUUCAUUGACAAAUACAUGGACCGUGUUAAGGCUGCUGCGAAAUCACUCAAGGUGACGCCUUGUAGUGCCAACUACCUUGACAAAGCACUCGAACUCCUGAUCCAGAGCAAAUACAAUCCGGACAAGGCUAUCGAGCAGCUGUCCAAGGUGGACCGCAUCAAAGAUCUCAAGGAGCCUAUACUCACGGCAGAUGAAUUGAAGAAAUUUGAAGAAGGUGUGAUGAAGUAUGGCUCGGAACACCGAUCAGUCCGACUUCAUAUGAAAACCCACCGUCCGACAUCUACGAUUAUUCGAUUCUACUACCUCUGGAAGAAAACACCUCGUGGACGUCAAAUAUGGGACAAUUACGGUGGUCGCAAAGGACGAAAGCGUCAAAACAUGGAUGCUGCCAGCAAGCUUCAAGCCGAAGUCGCUCACGAUCUGGAUGACUCCGCCUUCGACACUGACAAAGCCAAAGACCAGAAGCGAGGUUUCCAAUGCAAGCACUGUUCUACACGACACUCACGACAAUGGCGUAGGGCACCUGGCAUAAGCCCUGGUCAGACAGUCCCUUCGGGAGAAGGCAAAACGGCCAAAGACAAAAGCAAUCGUCUGCUUCUGGCGCUCUGUGGUAGAUGCGCCGGACUUUGGAGGCGAUACGCAAUCGUAUGGGAGGAUAUUGACGAAGCCACCAAGAAGGCAGUCCAAGCAGGUGGACGUGCUUGGAAGCGUAAACUCGACGAAGAAGUCGUGCGCGAAAUACUGGCUUCGAACGAAGCUGCGCCAGCGGACGCCAAUGUUAUUGUACAGUCAGUGGAAGGGGCAGAGCCACCAAAGAAGAAAGCCAAACUUGGACUUGAUGGUGCUGAGAAGAAGAAGGCCCCCAAGCUUCCAACGCCCCCACCUCCCCCGAUAGUGCCCGAAGAACCCAGGUGGAGAGAUCUGGAAUGCUUCGUCUGCAACGUGCUUGACUCGGCAGGCGAACGACCGAUAGUGUGUUCACACUGUAAACUCAGUGUACACAAGAGAUGUUAUGGCCUCUCCACACAAGUCGUACCGGCGAAGUGGGUCUGCGACCAGUGCACCAACGACAGGACUCCAGCUGUGUCUACUGAGUACCUGUGCACAUUGUGUCCGAUUGAGGAGACGGCUCACGAGAUGCUCGAACCUCCAAGAGUUACUCACAAAAAGAAGUCGGAUCGCGAGCGCGAAAAGGAGAGAUUGGAGAAGGAGCUCAUGGACAGUGUGCAGCUGGAUUACAGCAAGAAGCAAGCUAAUCUGAACCGGCCUAUCAACCCCAGAGAGCCGCUGAAGCGCACAGAUGGCAACAAUUGGGUCCAUGUUCAAUGUGCAAUCUGGACCCCCGAGAUUCGGUUUAGCGAUGCAAGUCUUUUGGAGAGGGCUGAGGGAUUGAGCGCCAUUCCAAUGGAGCGAUACGAGGCCGUUUGCAAGGUUUGCAAGAAGAACAAUCACGGCGCUUGUGUCUCUUGCCUACAUUGCCGUGCCAAUUUUCACGUUGGCUGUGCUGUGCAGGCUGGAUAUACACUCGGCUUUGAUGUGACACCUGUUAAGGGAUCACGAAAAGACCAAGUCAUCACGGCGACGCUCGGCGAGGAGACUGGUGCGCUGACAGCCGCGAUCUGGUGCAAGGAGCAUGCCAUUAAGACUGCUGUGCAUCCGAUCAGCGAAGCAAUCGACGACAAGACCCAGAACGCUCUACAGGUAUUCGUCGAGAACUACAAGCAGGCAGAUCCCACUCUUACUGGCACUGCGCGCAAGGCCAAUCUCCUUAGCCAAUCGACUAAGCUAGCCUCGCAAGCAACUCUUGCGAGCGCGACUGCCAACCGCCGCAUUUCUACAGCAAGCGGUCUGGCACGUUCGGCACGUAACUCGCCAGCAGGCUUUCCCAGGAAUGACGAAGCCGAUGGCACGAGCUCGACUGAAGAAGAGCUAGCAAAGACAUGUCUCAAAUGCCAUACCGACACGAGUCCCAGAUGGUGGACUGCUGAAGAGACUCUGAAGAAACUACAGGCUCAGACACCAGUCACUACACGCAACGAGGACAGCUUAAAGGGCUACCGAUGCAACAAAUGUCACUUCAAGCGGAUUAAUUCUCCCCAAGAAGCAUCACCUCCACCUGCCCCGGCACGGAAAAGAGUUUCUCUAUCACCACCAAAGCAAUUUCCACUUCAGAUCGGGUGGGGAAUUGGAAUUGCAAACCAACCUCCGCAACCACUGGUCCAGACACCUGUACACACUCCAGGAUCGGGACCAGUGCAAGCUACGUUGCCAGUCGCAGUCGAUACAGUGGGUCAGAUGCAACCCCCAGCUCCACAGACGUAUCCUGGACAAUACCAGACUUCGCACGCCCAAGUGAAUGGAUACACACCAGGAAGUAUGCCGACUUAUGGUCAUAGCACAUCAAGUACUUUCGCGCAGGCAAACGGACAAGUGUCGAACCAACAUCAUCACGUGGCCAUGAGCAAUGGGAUUCAUGGAGUGCAUCAUCAGCAUCCACAAACUCUAGCACCGAUCACCAACGGGCAACAGACUCCUGGUGCGAACGCUGGGCACGGCAGCCCGCCGACAGGACUGGCUAGGGCUGCUACACCCCGGGACGGAUCGGUGGAUAUAAGGACGAAUGGAGCAAGCGCAAGUCCAAGUCUGAGAAAUCUGUUACAUUAGUAUUAUUAGUUGCCCAUGGAUCGGCUUUCGAGCGCAUACAGUGCGAGGGCUGAUGGUCGACCAAAGCAGUCGAAGCAUGAAGCGGUACUAGCGAUAUGUACAAUCGCAGCAUAAUCAAUCACAUCAAUAACUCAGGCUCACCGCUAUCGAAUGUGUAAAGUGCAAUCCCAAUCAAAUUAAGAGAGUCCGAGACGUCCGAUGCCUCGUAGAAGGACGAGGUCGGGUGUCGGAACGGAGUCACGUGGCAGGGCGGAAAGAGGGGAAAGUAGGGCCGAGCCCAUGCUUUCUGUCACU